GCCAGCUGCAGUCAUGUCCUCGGCCGCGCGCUUCUUCCGCGCCCUCGAACACGCCGAAGCCAGGACGCAGUUGCUGAACCCCGUCGUCGUCUCCCUCGCCCUCUACCAGUUCUCUGUCAUCCUCGACACGCGAUGGACGCAGCAAUUGACCUCUCCGACGCCUCCAAGGCCCUCGACCUCGCCAACAUCCGCUUCCAGCUCAUCCGGCUCGAAGACACAAUAACCUUCCACCUCAUCGAACGCGUGCAGUUCCCGCUCAACGCGACAAUCUACACCCCCGACGCCCUGCCCAUCGGGGAGCCCGGCCUCUCGCUGCUCGACUGGAUGCUGCGCGAGCAGGAGCGCCUGCAGUCGCUCGUGCGCCGCUACCAGUCGCCCGACGAGUACCCCUUCUUCCCAGACGUCCUGCAGCCGCCCAUCCUCAAGCCGCUGCACUACCCGCGCAUCCUGCACCCCAACACGGUCAACGUCAACGGCAAGCUCAAGGCCUGCUACACCGCCCACGUCCUGCCCGCCGCCUGCUACCGCAAGGAGCACGGCGACCGCGGCGAGUCGCAGGAAAACUACGGCAGCGCCGCCACCUGCGACGUCCUGUGUCUGCAGGCCCUGUCGCGCCGCGUGCACUUUGGCAAGUUUGUCGCCGAGGCCAAGUUCCUCAAGGAGCCCGAGCGCUUCGCCGCCCUGAUCAAGGCCGCCGACAGAAAGGGCAUCGACGACGCCAUCACGAACGCUGCCGUCGAGAAAAAGGUCCUGGAGCGCCUGCGCCUCAAGGCCAAGACGUACGGCACCGAUCCGGACCUGGCGAGCGAUGGCGUGAGCAAGGUCGAUGCCGACGCCGUCGUCGCCAUGUACAAGGAUUGGGUCAUCCCGCUGACCAAGGAGGUCGAGGUCGAGUAUCUGAUGCAGCGCCUCGAGGGGACCCAGUGGGAGUAGAAACAUGCCAUUGUACAAGAAGACCAUUUACCCGUUGCAGCAUUCUUUCUCCAGAACACCAUUUACCCAUUGUAGUUGUUUCUCCAGAACAUUAUUACCCAUUACAGUUGUUUCUCCAGAACAUUAUUACCCAUAAUAGUUGUUUCUCCAUUGACCAGAAGAGGCCUUUGUUUCCAUGUCUGGUCGCAAGAAUGGCUGCAUUUCCAUGUCUGGUCACAAGAAUGGCUGCAUCUCCAUGUCUAAUCACAAGAGUGGCUGCAUUUCCAUGCCUAAUCACGAGAAUGGCUGCAU